AUGGAGUUAUUUAUAAACGAAGUACGCAAGAGAGAGCUCUUGUGGAAUAAGAAGAAGGUACCUUUUGCGGUGCAACAAAAAAUAGCAGCGGACAAGCUUUGGCAAGAAGUGGCCAAUGCGUGUGGUAUCUCAAAGUCAACAGCUAAAUGUAAAUGGCGAAGUUUACGCGAUCAAUUUAUCAAGGAGCUGAAAAAGGUGCCAGUCUACACUUCUGGAGAAUCCUAUUAUAUCGAAGAGAGGGAAAAACCGAAAUGGAUGCACUUUAACAAUUUGAUUUUCCUUCUAAAUACACACACACCAAGUAAACAGGUUAUUGAUAUUAGAUCGGAAUCCAUAAUUGACAUUCGCUCCAACGAUUCUGCUAGUUCCAGCGAUGAUAUCAAAAGCUCAACCGAAGAUAUUGCACCUACUAUACCGCCGCUAGUACCCGCUGAUACUACACCCAAAUAUACCAUACCCAAGGAUACUAUACUAAUCGAUACUAUACCAAAGGAUACUAUACCCAUAGAUACUACCCCCAAAGAUACUAUACCUACAGAUAAUACGUUUAAAAGUAUUAGGAAAAUUUACACUCUGGAUGAAGUUAAUGAACCGAAUUUGUGUGUGGCACAAUGGGAAGAAGAAUCUGACGUCAGUGUUUAUGAUGAGAGCAAAAGACAAGUCGAAGGUUUUACGCCCCCUAUGGUAGUGAUAAAGCCUCAGCCUUUAGAUCCUACCUUAGUAGGUGUCAAGAGGCCUUACCCUUCAGAAGAAGAUAAUGAUUUGGAUGCGUUACAUAUGGCGGAUGAGCUCCAUAAAUGCCAGCCGAAAAGAUCACACCAAUCAGAUAAUAAACAGGAUCCUAAAGGUUUACCUAACACCGUUGAGGAGAAUGAAAAUUUACUAUUUUUCCGGUCACUUUUACCUUUUAUGAGUAAAUUGGACCCCAUGCAACAAUUACGCGUGCGAAUGCGGUGCCAAGAAAUCAUCUUCGAAGAAUUGGCAGCAAAAAGGGAUCAAGGCGGCUUACGUUGA